GUGACCGUCUAUAAACUCACUAGGGGGGACCAGAAGGGUUUGGGGGAGACCCUGUUUCCCCCAGCGCCCCCCGGGAUAACAAGGAAUAACGGCCACAAGUUGUUGGAGAGUAGGUUCAGAUUAGACAUCCGUAGGACCUACUUCACAGUCAGGGCGGCUAGGAUCUGGAACCGACUUCCAAGGGAAGUGGUGCUGGCUCCGACCCUGGGGGGCUUUAAGGAGCGGCUUGAUGCCUACCUGGCUGGGGUCACUUGAGCCCAGUUUCCCUCCUGCCCAGGCAGGGGUCGGACCUGAAGAUCUACAAGGUCCCUUCCCACCCGACUGCUAUGAGUCUAUGAAAAGAUUCUCAAAGAGGCCAUCCUCAUCAGACUGGCCGACGCCAACACCCUGAUGGACAGGCAGCACGGGUGUGUUGCAGGUAGGUCUUGCUUCACCAAUCUCAUUUCCUUUUACGACCAGGUGACCUAUCACCUGGACACGGGGGAAGGGAUUGAUGUCAUAUAUCUGGAAUAGACUGCCGCCGGAGGUGCUUCAAGCACACACUUCGAACGCCUUCAAGACACGUUUGGAUGUUUUCUUGCUGGGAUCCUGUGACCCCAGCUGACUUCCUGCCCCUGGGGCGGGGGGCUGGACUCCAUGAUCCUCCGGGGUCUUUUCCAGACCAAAUGUCUAUGAGGUCUAUGAAUACAGACAGGCAGAUUCAGUGUUUUGGGUACCAGUAGAGGAGUCAUUACUAGAGCUGGUCUGAUAAGCGCUGAGCUGGGAGUGUGCAGCCGUGGGUUGAUAAGUAUUUGGCACAGAGACCCCCCCACCGUGCCGUGCUCCCCUGCUCCUCUGGCCCCAGAGCUCAGUGCGGUCCUUGCCUUGGACUCUGUUCUCCAUCCCGAAUGCUAACGAAGGUGCAUGCCUGGCCCAUCUCCCGUGUAAAUGCGCUGUCGUCCGGGUCCAUCUCCAAUGCAAAUGAGACCGGGGGAGUCGCUUCACUCCUGUCACCCCAUCUGGAGGGGUUUAGGUGCGUCUUCCUUGUCUUUUGGAAGUCCUUCCUCUCAUUGGCCUUGUUCAGGCCGAGGUGGGGAGGGGGAGUCCUGUGCGAGUCAGACAGGCUGCGUCCUGCGCCAGGGUCCCCAACUACACGGAGCGGACAGGUAACAACCCCCAGAUGGGCAUCGUGUCCCCCAGCGAGCCCCUGCCCGGCAGCCUGCCCCCAGCACCUGCGGCCACGGCUGUGCUGGGCGCUGCCCGCACCACUCACGGGCCCUUCCCCCCACACCUGGCUGGCCCAAGACUUCAUUGCUCUUCCAGGAAUCAGAAAGCGAAAGCUCCCAGGAAAACCCCGGCAGCGCCUGGGCACCGGGAUCGCCCGGCACGGCUGGCAAGGACCAGCAUAAAAGGAGCCAUGUAGGCAGAGGGAUCGUCUUCACGCCAGUCUGGGCCCAGGACCACGGCAAUCCCGGCCUCCACCCAGCACCCCGUGCACUUAUCCAUCACCCCGUGGCCCCCAACACCGGGUCCUGGACCAGAGCACGGGGCUGCACCCACCGCAUUUCCGACAGCAAGACCCGGGAGUGAGAACCGGCCUUGGGUGAGUCGGGCUGGGCCUGGGUCUGGGUCUGGGCCAGCCGUGGGGGCGCCUGUGCCAGGAGCUGCCCCCACACAGCAAGUGCCCGAGGGCGGGGAGAGGAGCCCAGGCACGGGGCCGUGGGAGACGCCUGCAGGGCCGAGCCCAGGGAGAGGGACCCCGAGCCACAAGUGCGGGAAGGGCCGGGCAUCGCCGCGCGUUGCCUGGGGGGUUGCUGCAGGAGCACGUUCAUCACUUCAGUUAUUCUGCUCCUGUGAGGUUUAUUUGCGGGUGGAUUCAUUGUCACUGGAAGGCUCCCGGGCCUUUUGGGCAGGGCUGCCACAUGCAACGCCUACGUAAGUACUCAGGAAGAGUGCAAAGCCCCACACUUGCGGGGAACACGCAUGUAUGCUGACACGGACUGGGGGUGCCGGGCUGGGCUGCACCGCUGGGGAGGCGCUGGGGGUGAUGCUGGCACAGGGCCUGCACGGGGCCAGCGCUGCGCUCCUCUCCUGCUACACAAUAGAAACCAGCAACGCCCCGGGCUGUACUCGGCAUGCGCCCGGCCUCCCCUGGAGCGCGUGUCCCGUUCUGGGCACCGCUCCUCCAGGCACACGGGGACGAGCCUGAAAGAACAAGGGUUCGUCUGGAGAGGAGAAGACGGGGGCUUCGACACAUGGGGUGGAAAUAGGCCCUUGUCUGUGGCUGCAGACGGUGGUGUUAUGAGGCCACUGCGCAGUCAGUGCCUUGUGCAGACGUGCCCAUCACUGAAAUCCUCCGGUGACCCGUCACGGCGCCUGUCGGGACAAGCUGGCACCUCUGUCCCGUCAAGGCCCGGUGCAUUGCAAGCUCGGCUGCCUAGAUACCUAGGAGCAUUCACCCCCAGCAUCAGGGUAAGAUUUUGGUCUUCAUGGACGUGUGUCCCGGGGACACAACAGUGAUGAACAUGAGCCCGUGCGGGUGGCACCAGACGUAAUAUCAGACUUGAGGUCGCAGCUCUGAAGUCAUAAAAGCUCGGACAAGAACGGUCUGUUCUCUGGAGAGCGUGUAUUGACUACAGCAGUUUGCAACCUCGAGCAUAAGACAAAGACCCUCACACAAACUCGGCCUAAGCUCGGACGCCGCCUGGUAAGACCCGGCGACAGAGCAGACAACAGAGCCUGACCGAACAUGCAACGAAAGCCAGAAAGAGAUCGGAGCCUUGCAUGGUCUGACGUGUCCUGAGGGCAGCGUGGCCUUGCAGCCCGGGGUUCAGACAGUCUCUCUGGGGGAAGCAUCUGCAGGUCUGAUAAAAGAGCUCAGACUUACACAAAGAGCCUUGUCUGCCUGCGUCCUUCGUCCAACACGACCUGUUCCCCCAGGCGCCUCCCAACCUCCUCCCCGGGAGCCCAGCCUGCCGAGGGGACCCGCUGCAAGAUCUUACGGCAUCUUGUUCCCCCAGGACGGUGCCGCCGUGCAGCCGGGGGAGGGCGCGGGGAGCUGCGGCGGGAAGGGGCAGCAAUGCAAGUCAAACGCUGCGUGUGCUUCUGCAGGGCUGCGCUGGAAACCUGCUCGGGACCGAAGCGUGUGGAUAGUGUCCACACAGAGAUGAGCUCCCGGGAAGCCAUCGUGUGCGGCAAGGAAGAAAACCAAAGGAAAUGCCACAUUUCUAAAAGCAAUAGGAAAAGUCACGUCCCCCUGACCAAGGACGAGGUGAGAAUCGCAGAAGCAGCGAGGCAGAGCGCGCUGGAGAUCCUGAGAGACGCCGUGAAGAAGAAGGACCGUGUGCUCAUGGAGACGCCCCGGGACCUGAUUUCCUGCGACUCCGAACAGCCCCAGUUCUGGAUGGAGCGGUACGCGGUCGUGACGGAGAAGAGGGUGAGAGACCUCAUCUCGGUGCUGGAGGAAGCCAAGUUCAUGGGGGACCCUUCCAGGGAGAAGACUUAUGCAUAUGUCUAUACAGAAACUGGAGACAAAACCAUUUAUCUGUGCCCACUCUUCUGGAAGUCUCCAAGUCACCUUAGCAAAGAAUGCCAGCCGGGGACUUUAAUCCACGAGGCCUCGCACUUCCUGGGUGCACGCGACAUCACCUACGACCCAGACAGAAUCUCUGUUGCCUACAAGGGACAGAUAGUGAAAAAUAGCUUGACAGACCCAGAUAAGCGAAUAUUUCUUCCUCUGGUGACUGCGGUGCUAAAUGCCAACAGCAUCGCGUAUGAGUUUGAAGUGACCCUGCGGCACCGGGGAGACUACAAGCAGAGAAGAUACUCCUGCUGCGGGGAGACGGCAAGGAGCUCCGUCUGCGAGAGCGCCGUGCCCGACGAGUUCUUCACUUCUCUGAACAAUGGGAGGAGACUAACACCGAGCACCGGCGAAGUGCUGGCGGAGAGGCUGGUGCCGGCCCGGGACAGGCUGCAGCGGCACGUAGCCGCGCUUCGGAGACUUGCCGAUGCCGUGGAUGAGGUUCCCAGACGCGCCAUGACACCAACCAGUGCUGGAGGGGCAGUGGGCACCAUGGCCUGGAUCACGGGGUUCUUCCUCGCCCCCUUCACCGCGGGGCGCACUGCCUCUGCCGUCAGCAGCCCCGCCAGCGCCCCAACAACCGCCCCCGGCGCGGUGCAGUGUCCACGCAGGAGGGAGGAGAUGAGGCAGGUCCUAAGCGAAUGCCAGGCGGAGCUGACACUCAUCCGGGAGUGCCUGGACCUCCUCACGGGCACCGAUCCACCGGCCUCAGCAGACAGUGCCAUGCUUAGGCUGCUGACAGAGGUCCUGAGGACCAGGGCAGGAAGACGACAAGCUGCUAGCGACAUGGAGGAAGUGCUCAGCAAGCAGCUGCUUCACAUCAAGAGUGUGGCAACGUUGGCAGGAUCCACCGCGGACGCCGUAAGAGCCCUCGCCCGCAAGCUGGACAUCGGCUCUGCGGGAAAGGACUCCACGUUGCUCCACAGAGGCGCCGAGGCAGGGCUGGCAGCCACGAUCCGAAUGAAAGUCAUUCUCCUGGAGGUAUUGUUUGCCCACAUCGACCGAGUGCACAAGGCGCUGGCGGGGGAGAAAUGAAAGUGAGUGCGGGAAAAACGAGUCCAAUCCCGCGGCACUGAGCAUCCGGCCCGUGGACUCCAGCCGGUGUCACCCGGGCCCAGGACCUGCCACGAUCACGGGUUUAGGAUGAGGACGUGCAAUUCAUGUCGUGUACCAGCCCCACCAGACCGCCCCACACCCCACGCGGCCCAGUGUGUCUCACCCCUUUCACGCUCACGGCCCCUUGGGAAAGGCCGGCUCUUGGGUUUCAUGUGCUUUAUGACUGCGGAAAAGACAGAGCAGCUUUCCUGUUGCAGAGAGCCCAGAACAGCUACGGCUUUCUGUGCAAAAUCUCUGGGUUUGCCUGGUGAAUCCUGUGCACAUCGAACCACACAGAUGCCACCUGGCACCCCGCAGCACCCUAGGAAGGACCUCAAGGCACCCCAGGGUGCUGCGAGCCCUGGUGGAGAACAGCUGCUCUACACAGGCACAGUCACACCUAUGAUAAGUGAGUGCGCGGGCAAAGCCAGGGCUCCACGGCCGGACCAUCGUUAAUACAGCCCCAACGCACAAACAAACCCAGCAUCCCACAUUGAAAUCAGGCGGCGUAACAAACCCGACCCCCCCCAAGUCCAAACCUGCCCAGCCCCCCGUGCACCCGACCUCACCUCCAAACCCCACGCACUUCCCCCAUAAGAGACAGGCUUUCCUUCCCUGUGGAGCAGACCCCCGCCAGCGUACUGGUGCAGAACAGCACGCGUCCAGCCUGCGCCCUACUUCUGGAAAUGUCCAGGCAGCCUGGGGAGCCCCAAGGGGACGCAGCAGCAGCAGGAGGUUUGGGAGCAUGAGUUACGAGAGGCCGAAGGGCGCCAGCCCCCAGCAGGAGGGGCGACCGGCCAGAGAGCCCACGGGGCCACCGCUGCCCACAGGCCUCCUACCCUCCCUUCUCCCCCCGGACCUUGCCUCUGCCUCGUGCCUUACCCUGGGGCAGGUUCAGGGGCCGUGAGGCCGUCACACCCCGUUUCGUUCCAGCUCCACCCAAACACUGACACCAGCCGCCUGGACAAGCACCACUGUUUCGUCGAGGGUGUCUGUCGACUUUGUGGCUCGCCAAAAUCUCUGAUUCCUGCCAAUCUCUCCACAGCGCACGGGUGUGAACAGUCUAGUAACGGAGCUGGUCUUUCAUCUGCCCUCGGGGUAACGGCUCCUUUUUCACAGCCCUGAAGACAGUUUUAGCUCCAGCUCAAAACCUCCCGUCAGUCCCAGCGGCGUGGUGAGGAUGCUGGAGAAGACCGUGUUUUGUUUUAGGAAUCGAGGAAGAGCCGUGCGUUUCUCUGUGAUGGCUGCAGGGCGAAUGACACGAUCUCUUUGGACUCUUAUGUCUCCGUUUCUGGUUUUUUAAAUAAAUACAUGAUCUAGGGAAUUUGAA